AUGGCCGGAUUGGUCGGUGUUGUCUGGCACGACGCCAUGCUCUGGCUGCUUGCGGCAUUCAGCAAGGGAAUCGGAGCAGACGUGAGCGGAUGGCCGGCCGGCGGAAUUUUUCCCUUUUCCUCCUACACCGACGACAAGGACGGCCUGGACGGAUCCGCAAAAAGGACCACGUCCAAGAUUCGUACUACGACUGUAUCACAGGCAAUGCCGACCUCCGACCGUCGCACGGAGUUGGGUACAGUAGCCUUCACCAUGGAGAUUAAGGCACGCGAGGCUUUUCCCGAAGGGAGAGGCAGGAAGUCGGCCCAAACACCGAUGGAGUCUCGCUCCCCUGCCGCGUUUUCGUCAUCGUCGUAA